AUGGCACUACAAUCAAGACUACGCCACACUCUCAACCUGCUCAAAUCUAUGAGCAGGCCUUCCCCAGCAGUUUCCAUUGAGCUUGAUAAGCAUCACCAUGGCCUGGAAAAUACUUAUACCACAUUUGACCGGAUCCAAGGAACGGUACUCAUUACCGUCGACUCCGAGACCCCACUUGAGAGUAUCAGCAUAACUUUUGAAGGCACGGCGAAGGUAUCCAUCGGGCGCGCGACCUGUACCCUUAGCAACACCGAAGCUACUCAGACGUUUCUGCAACUCAAACAACCUGUUGCACGAGGCAUAGAUGCGGUACCUAAAGCACUUCAACCGGGAUGCGCUUACAAGCUUCCUUUCACCUUUGUCGUUCCUCAAUAUCUACCUUGUCAAUCAUGCAAUCACAAUAUCAGCUGCCCCGACUUCAAACAAGCCCAUCUUCAGUUACCCCCGACGCUCGACGAUCCGAGACUUAAACAUGGAAAAAUGCCAACCCUGGAUUAUGUUUCCUCAGGAAAGUGCUGCAUAUCAUACCGCGUGCGAGUGGUUAUUUCAAAGGCCUCCAUACCAGGGAAUAAAAGACCCAGCUGGCUUGUGGACUGUGCUAAGAAUGUGCGGGUUCUUCCUACCGCUGUACAUGCACCGCAUUUGAGUCUACCCACAGUCAGCCCACAUAUCCAUACACAGAUAAAACAAACUUUUAGCCAGAGGGUUGCGCAACCUGGGUUCGGGGAGCUAAUCACGGAAGCCUCCUCUCCACUUUCGCUGCAAUAUCCCCUCGAUAAUAAUGGCUUGCAUACGGCCGUGCGUCUCAAUUUGCGGUUCAACCCUCUAACAGACCAAGCACCUCCACGAUUAAGAAAGGCAACGGCGAAACUCCAAGUCUCUACAUUUUACAGCCUUACGCCAUGGGAGGAUUACCCAUCUUGGGCUGACCCGGGACUCGCUAAUGGAUGGGACCGAGGAGCGGUUACUGAAACAUUUCCCCUCAUGGCGUUUUCCAUGGGCUCACUCCAGUGGGUGAAGCAUCAUGAUAUGGAUGGCGAGCACCGAAUUCGAGAACUGGACGAACCAUCAUUAUCUAACUACUACACUGCUGAUAUUGUCUUACCUAUCCUCUUUCCACAACGCGGGAUCCAUAUACCGACCUUUCACUCUUGCUUAAUCUCGCAGACUUACAGCAUUAACCUUCGCUUUUCUUUCCAUACGACCGGAACAACUCGACAGACCAUCACUACGACAAUCAAGAUACCCCUACAGCUACAAUACGCACCCAAUAAUCACUAUACCGGCUUAGACUAUGACGCACACCCGUCAGAUUCCACGGUUAUGGAUGCUCACCCACCACCGGAAUAUACUGCCAGUGUGAGAUUCGCGUGA